UAUUUUUCAGUAUGCGAUUUAGCAUCUGGAUUUCAUCAAAUAAAAAUGAACCGCGAAGAUGGUCAUAAAACAGCUUUCACUACUCCUUUUGGACAUUACGAAUUCGACCGAAUGCCGUUCGGUCUAAAAAAUGCUCCGGCUACUUUCCAGCGCCUAAUGGACUUAGUGUUAACUGGGUUACAAGGCAAGGAAUUAUUUGUUUAUAUGGACGAUAUUGUUAUCUAUGCAACGUCUUUAGAAGAACACGAAAGAAAAUACAACGCUUUAAUGGAACGUCUUCGAGAAGCUAAUUUAAAAUUACAGCCAGACAAAUGCGAAUUUUUAAAAACGGAAGUAACUUAUCUGGGACACGUAAUCAGUAAAGACGGAGUAAAACCAGAUCCGAAAAAAUUAGAAGCGGUACAACGCUUUCCAAGACCUAAAACACCUCAGAAUAUUAAACAAUUUUUAGGACUUGCAGGAUAUUAUAGACGCUUUAUACCGAAUUUUUCAAAAUUUGCCAAACCAUUAACAAAUUUAUUAAAAAACGACACCCGCUUCGAGUGGACAUCUGUGCAAGAAGAAUCUUUUGAAAUUUUAAAACAAAAACUAUGCGAAGAACCAAUACUGCAAUACCCAGAUUUUUCUAAACCAUUCAUUUUAACGACCGAUGCAUCUGGAAUAGCCGUCGGAGGAAUAUUAUCACAAGGAGAGAUAAACAAAGACCUACCGAUAGCAUACGCCUCACGAACCUUAACAGAUAAUGAAUUAAAAUACGAUACAUACGAAAAAGAAGCACUAGCUAUUGUAUAUUGCGUUAAACAUUUUCGACCAUACUUAUACGGAAGAAAAUUCACUUUAGUUACAGACCAUAAACCUUUGAUGUGGUUUAAAAAUGCACAAGACGCAAAUAUGCGAAUACUUCGUUGGAGAUUAAAAUUAGCAGAAUAUGAUUAUGAGGUUGUAUACAAAGCGGGAAAAACAAACGUAAACGCAGACACAUUAUCCAGAAAUCUUGUAAAUAUCGAAGGAAUAGAUUGUAAAAUUAUAAAAAACAAGAAACUUUUAAACCCAGAUAACCCUAAAGAUGCACGAUUAAUUGCCGAACUAUUAGAAAAAUCCGAUAGCGAAGAAGAAGAAGAAGGAGAUGACGAUUUCAAUUUAUAUCUUUCCGAUAUGGAAGAAAACGAAGAAAUAAUAGCUGAAAGCGAUUUAUUAAAUAACAAUAACGAUACUCUUCCAUUUACACAAACAGAAUUAAACGAACCAGAUUAUUUAUCAAUUACCGAAAAAGCUUUAAUACACGAUCCUCCUAAACAAAAUAAAAUUCAAACAAGAAGCCGAACUGCAAGACAAAUUGAGCAAAAUAAAAUAACCAACGAAUUGCAUAGUGACGAGGGAGAGAUCGAAGAAAUCGAAGAAAGAAAUGAUCCGCCUGAUAAAAUUUCUGACAGUGAAAAAGAAGACGAAGAAGAAAACGAACAAAAUAUUAUUAACAAAAAUUUAAAAUCAAGAAAAACGAAACCUGCAUUUAUUGAAAAUAGAAUAAUUCAUGGUAAUGUCAUAGACUCUCGAGAAUUAUUAUUUUUACGAAAAGAUAAUAUAGUAUAUUUCGUCGACACCCAGGGAAGACCUUUAGAUUCAGGCUCACAAAAACUUUUCGAACAAAAAGAGCUUCCAAACCUAGGAUCCCUUGUUCUAGGAAAGGUUAAGGCCAUAAAACAUAAAAAUCAUUAUCAUGUGGCUUUACCUGUCAGCGAAGAACAACGAGAAGGCCCUACAGCUACUCUUAAACAAAUUGUUAAAAUCUUAACAGACUUACGGAAAAUAAUCGAAGAUUUAAAAUUAGAAACAUUUAGUAUUGCAAAAACCGAGUUUAUUAAUAAUGUUCCAUGGAAUGACGUCAAAUCACAUGUGGCGGCCUACAGCAACCACAAAAUUACGGCAGCGCGAUAUUUGCGAAAUAUCAUCGUUUCUCUCGCCCACCUUCCAGCGCAAGUCGCUUUAAACGUUGGUCAGCAAUACGGCGCCAGUCGCCGCACCACCAUCCACGACGCCACGGAUAAGGGAUACCGUUCCGCUACCCACGGUAGCCGAAAUCGCCAUCCGGCGAAGGACUCGCCCGACGCCACUCCACAAGGUGGUCAAGAGGAGGAAGUCGGCGCCAAGUCGCCAGCGUCACCCGGCGCCCGGCCGCCAUCAGCGUUAAGCGCCCGAUCGCCAUCCGCCUCCGGCGCUCGUACGACAUCAUCAGGUGCCCGGUCGCCGUCUUUCACUGGGACCUGCUUCCCGACGAUUGCCGGUACCUGCUCCCCAAUCACGGUCAGUGACAGAUCACUGUCGCCCAUUGGUGCUGAUUCACCGGUGGUCUCCGGCCGCUGGCCACCAUUCAGUGGCCCCUCCAAGGGGAACGCACGCUCCGGCGCCCAGUCAACCAGCGACUCCCAUGCAGAGAGAAACCAGCAAAGCAAGGACCGGUUUCAGGCUCUAUUCGGCGCUAGCCCGCCAAAGCUGAUUGCCGGGCAUUCCGGCUCGGAAACCAAGAAGGAUCGGCCUAUCUCCUUGCCGCAACUAGAGCGAAUCUUGGCGUCCCCAGCGAAGACGUGGAAAUUACCACCGCUGAUUUCGCCCAUCAAAAUCUCGCCUAUUAAGGAAUACUCGAAGCGGAGAACUUGUGGGACGCAGACUAGUCCAAUCCCGUUUCCUGGCCUCAAGAGGACGGCCAACGCGACGACCCAGACAAAGAGACGCGGGGGCAGACAUAAGCCCAUGUGCAAUAAUAACAAUAAUCAUUAUGCGUGCAAUCGCAACUUGCGCUACUGA